AAGUCAUUUGUGCGGUGCGGAUUCCGAUAUGUCUGAAUUUUCUUCUAAUUAUUUAUCAAAAAAUUCGCAAAUUUCAUAUUUUGUAUAAUUACAAUCGAUGCGAAAAUGGCCAUUUGCCUGCGUACGUUUACCCACAAGAUUUUGCCUAUAAAUGGAAUUGUCUCCACGAAAAACCACACUAAUCGGUUGUCCCGGAAAAUUCCAGUGCGUGCACAUUUUCUGGAAGAUCUGCUGAACAAUCGUCGCAUAUCUAGCUGCCAAGUUGCUCCUAAAUGCGGCACAGAAGGCAACAUCGAUAACAUCUAUUUCCAUGAAUUGGCUGCAGCUCAUUUAUGCCAUGAUGUGGAGCAAAACCAUAAAUUCAGUACAUUAGACACAAAUCAACUAGGAGGCAAAAGUUGUAUACAUAGCAAUGACCAGAACAAUCAUAUCGAAGUAAAACAUUUGGAUUUAACUAAUGACGACUACAUAGAGCAGAAAACGCAGCCAUACAAUUUAAAUGAAAUGUCCUAUACUAGUUUAAAUAAUAUAGAUUUCACAAAAUAUGGUAAUUAUGAUAUAGUACCAACUUGUUUAUCGGACUUUGAACGGGAAGCAGUAGCAUAUUGCAGUGGACCCACUUCCUCGUCGCCAGCGCCCGCACCAGCCACAGGGACAGAGUCACAGGAUGGCAGGCCUAGUGAAGAGCAACUCAUGAAAGUGUUUCAUGUGCUCUCCUCUACUAUGCCAAAUUUGUUUGUCAAGCCUUUAGACUACUCCAUAUACCACCCAAAUUUGGUGUUUAUAAACAAUAUUAGAGGAAUGACAACUGUAGGACUUUUUCAUUAUGUGAAGCAAAUAGCAUUGUUGCGUACUGUUGGACAUUUAAAAUUCGCAUAUGUGAGCUUUGAAAUAUUAAAGAUCACUGCAAACCCUGAAGAUUCCUCUGUUAAAAUGAGGUGGCGAGUCAGAGGAAUAUCAGCACUAAAAGUAUUCUUCAUGUUCUGGAAAUACAAGCUCUGGAAUAUGAAGCAGGUGUUUCAUGAUCAGCAGUUAUGGUAUGACGGCUUCUCGACAUUUUACGUUGGCGGCGAUGGACUUAUUCAUAAACAUAUUGCUGACAAGGUCAUGCCCGACCAAGACACUAUAAUUGAUGAUGCAGAAAAGGCUCCUAUCGCAGCUAAAAUAGCGCUCCUGAUUGGACUACUACCUCGAAACUACCUCUCCGACGUGUCUCCAUACUUUAGUUCGUCAUCAGGCACAGCUGACACUACUCCUUUGCCCUUCAAAGUUUUGGAGUGAUCUGUGUUAUUAUCCUAAUAUAGUAUGCACGAAGUUUGUAAGCAAAGGACAUUCAAACGUGAACAUGAAAUUAGUUCUACAAAUUCACCUACAUUCUGUUAGUUGUGACGUAGGUACAAGGAAAUGUGAGAACAAAGAGCUUUAUUUGUAGUCACAUCAUUUCCCUGUGUAAAUGUCACAGCUGAGCGACAGUAAGUGAAGUUUACAAAAUGUCUUAAUUUUCUUUACAACCUUUUUGACAUUAAUUGUAGAUCAUAUUAACUUAAAUUUUGUUUAUUUAUUUACUCUACUUACUACAUACUCUACUUGGUUGCAAAAU